CUUUAACCAAUUUGUUAAACUUAUGGACUGCAGAGACACCUUGUUCCUUGAGACCUUCGAUUAUUUCAUCGUCGCUAAGUUGGCAAAUAAAGGGGGCAUAAAUUGUGCCCUUGACUGAGUUAAGGGUGCUGUGAAGAGCGACUUCAACAGCGCCUGCACCGGGUAGAUUCGUAGUGGAAAGGAAUUUAUCAGCAAUUUUUUGAUUUUUUACAAGGAGGAGUAGGCUGCCAUCGCGAAGUGACGAAAUGUUGUUAAUAUCUUUACUGAUAGAUUGAAUACCUUUAUAAAUCGCAAAGCAGGAGAUGGAUGUAAUAGGUUUACUGGCAUCCCGCGACUUAAUGACGAGGUAUUUGGGGUCAUCCUUCUUUGUUAUCGGGAGUUCCGGAAAUUGGUCCAACGUUGUUUGUUCAGGCUUUUUUCUUUUAGUCUUCUGGGCUGUGGAUAAUAGGGCAAACCUAUUAUCACCCAGAUUGUUGGCCCCAGGGGGCAUUGUGAAAACUAUUACUUUUUAUGUAUGCAAAACUGUAUGAAUGUAGCACAAGUUAACAAUAAGAAAUAGUCACAACGAGAAAUUAACAAUAAAAGAAAAAGUUCUUUGUAAACAACUGUAAAGUGGCGUUAUAGCACAGAUACCGCUAGAAUUGCAGAUGCUCAACAACAGCACUAGCGAGAGAAAGAAAAAAGAUGCGACAAAAACGGAUCUUGGCUUAUGUGUAGAAGUUCAUUUCGAGUCAGCCGAGAGUGGUUUUUUCUUAAAACAUACACGUCAACCGCCAAUUGCACCAGAAAUAUCAAUUAAAUCCUUAAACGCAACUUCAAGUAAAUCACACAUACAUGAUUCAGUAUUAUCAAUUGAUCGUUUUACGGUAGUUCAAACGACCCAACCCGUGUCCAUUAGAGCCAGCUAUGGGCCAUUUUCAACAAAGCAAACUGUUCCAGCUCGAUAUAUUGUUCCUGAUGUACUGGAUAAUCAAAACAGUAAUCUGAAUAACACCACAGCGGCACUUAUUGAAUUGCAGCAAACUAAUAUGCACUUGGAUAUAUCAGCUCAUUUAAUAAAACCAACAGUUUCGCGUGACUCACCAGUAUUGCGAGUACUUUUCCAUGCAGGUACUGAUCCAGGUGGACAUCUUCAAAGGCAAAGGAUUUGCGUUUUGCUGCACAUUUCUUUGGGCAAUCAAAUUCCGUUAAAAGGCCGUUGCAUGCCUGAAGGUGAAGAUAAUGUUUGUGUUGCUGAGGUAAUCAUUCCUUCUGUAUGGUGGCCAGGAUAUCCAUUAGUCACGGGAAGUAGUAGAACUUCCCAGAAACUUCCGCACAGAGUGAUGCAAGCUUCAUACAGCGUAUUUGAGCCUUCGCCACGUAACUCUGAACAAUGUGAGCCUAAAGUCCAAAUCCAACCUUUGACAAUAUUCGCUCAUAUUCCACUUGUCGCUGCUUCAGUACAAUUUAAAGAAAUUCGUAUUGAUGAACAACUGACGUUACUUUUACCUCAAAAUACUUUAUAUCCAAUGUCAAAAAUAUAUGUGCCAGUAAUUUUUCAUCAAACGCAAGAUAUUGCCAUAUCCUCCUUUACUAUAAGAGCGCGCGUAAAAGCGGGUAUAAAAAUUUUGGGUGCUACAACAUCUACCGAUUUUUGGAGCAUAUCAAUUGAAAAAGAAAAUCCUAAACACACCACUGCUCGAGUCACUGCGUACAAAAAAGAAACUGAAGUAUCUGCUGAGAUUAUCAAUGAUAUGAAAAAUACAAGUAUCGACACCAGUUCUGUUGAAGUAUUUUCUUGGCUGCUUGAACUUGGCGAUGGAGUAGUAGAUAUAUUGGAUGGUGGAAAAAUAGUUUGGUAUGUUUCGUAUGUGAAUAAACCUGACAAAUCGAAAAACCAGAUUUCGAGUAGUACUGUGGCUGAUGAAUCCAAGAAACGACUAACAACGAAAUUGGAAAUCAAUAAAGACGAUAUACAAGCAGUAUUACCAAUGGCAAAGAACUGGGAAUUAAUCAAUACCGCUGUACUAACUGGACGUCAAGUGGCGCAAGCAAUGAAAGUUUUUAUCGUUUCACAAGCUGGCAAAGUAGCUGAUGUUACGCUACAAAGUUCCUGUUAUGCAGAAGACGAAAGUGUAAUUAAAGUAUCAUCUUCGUGCAGCUCUGUUUAUGUAGACGGUUCCGAAAUUAGAGGCUCCUCAAAUGCAUCAGUUGUUGUAAAGUAUGGAUCAUACUCUGGGUUAGCAAAGUUUACUGUAUGGAUGCCAGAAUUUCCAUUGGAAGUUUAUGUGUCGGACUUUAGGUUAUCACAGAUAAAAGGAUGGAAAGUUGUUGACGACAGCAAUAUUUUCCCAAGUAAACAAAAUCUGCAUCGUAAAAAAAGAUCCACGGGAUGGAACCAAUAUAAAAAUGAUGCUGGUGUAGACAAAGUUAUUUGCAAAGCUCGAUAUCAACAAAGUCCAAUUGAAGUAUUUGCUCGAUUUUUAGCAAUUGAUCAAAACUCUGGACGAAUAAGUUACUUUAUUUCGCGGCGAACUGGCUUAAGAGUUACCGAUUUGGUUCAACCGCUUCUAAGAAUAUCCGAUCCCAAAAUAGCUACAUUGAAAGGACGAAUAUUGCAGGGUAAAUCGAUGGGACGGACAGAUAUUCAGGUCUUAUCCCCCAUAACAGGGCGUGUGAUAGGAACUAAAGAAAUUCGUGUGGGAAGUGACAAAGUCAGUUUAAGAAGGUUAAUUGUUCGAGUGAUCUCAGGAUUGCAAUUAACUAUUUCGCCAGACAGCACGAUUGAUAACGGUUAUACGGCUGAAACUUCAGUCACAAAUAAGCUAACAGCGCAAUAUCAAGAAGGAUUACUGGACAUUGAUCUCGAGUUUUCAGAUGGAUCCAAGACUCCAUUAAGAGAUAUUUCUGUGGAAGACUACUUUUUACUGGUGGAGAGCUUGGACACCGAAGUCGUUGCAUUUGCUCCAAUGCUAGCGUCACAUCAUCCAAGAGUUAUAGCGGUAGGAGAAGGAAGUGGCGACCUUUUACGGGUAACAUUACUUUUGUCAGAGGAUUGUCGUAUGCGACGAAGUGUAACAUCCUCAAAACAUGUCAAAUCGAAUUUUGCUCCUCUAAUAAGCUCACUAGCUGCAGUUGAAGUAGAUUUUAAUAAUUUUGAUAAUAACAACAAACUUGAAUCAAUUCAAAAUGAUGGAAUUGUCGGCAAAGAUAGAAAAAAUUUUCGUUCUAAUGGCGAUUUAGCCGAUAUCAUCGUAGGUAUUCCGUUGAAAAAUUCGCUGUAUAAUGGGGACACUCUUAUGGUACAAACAAGGCAACAUCAUGGAAGUACACAAUCCUUAAAAAACUAUAGAAAAUCUUCUUUCCGUAAUCACAUGUCGUCUAUGGAAAUCGGGGUAUAUGUAUUGCUCACUGCUUUUUGCUUUGCGAUCGUAGUAUUUGUCAUUUCAUGUGUUGUAUAUGCAUCGAAAUUUAAACCAAGAACCCUUGAUGCAGGGAAUGGGCCUUUAGACCUAAGUAAAGCUAUUAUCUCUCCCAAUAUUUUGUCGAAAGAUUUACGCUUUCCUAAAGAAUCAACCACUAACGUGCAUGACUGGGUGUGGUUGGGACGUUCCACAAUGGACAGAUCAUCCGUGGUUAAUGAUACAACCACCAAUAAUCGAGAUUCACGAAUAAAGAUUACAAAUAAUCCAAUUAACUUUAUCGACAGUCCGGCUACAUUUUUUGAUGGCCAUCAAAAAAACUCACAAGAUGUAAUUCCAAGGACAGAAUUCAAUAGUUCUAAUUGUUGUAUAAAGGCCGUCGAAUAUAAACCUCCUGUACCUCCACACCGUAAUAUUGGAGUGAGGGCUCUCGCAAGUUUCGAUAAUGAAGAAGGGAUGGGUGUGAGUAAUGUUGGAACAGAAGAAAGGGAAAUUGACGUGAGUCCUUCUGAAAUGAGAAUUGAAAAGAAUGGUAGCCAGAUACAAAAAGAUACCCAUCUGAUACGCAAGCCUCUACAACAAGCAAAUUACAGUGAAAUGCAUAAUGCUGAAAAGAUAGUACAAUUCGCUGAUUAUAGCAGAAAAACUGCUUUCCAAUUUGAUUCACUACCACAAAAUAAUAAAAUUGACAGUGUUACUGAUUGCAUUAUAAUCGAAAAAAAGGAGAUUAAGACACCGACAUCAAUUACAAAAGAAGAGAAGGAGGGGGUAAAACUAUUGCAACUGAGUUCAGGAAUUAAUUCAGUCUUGAAAAAGGAUGUGAAGAGAGCAACAGUUGUUGGAAAUCCUAUGUUUUCAAAUACAACAUCUGAUGAUCACAUUGAUAGUCGAGACGACCUGGUCCUUGAUGGUUUUGAAAUGGAUUACGAACAAAUUAUGCAUUAUUUUGACAAUUUAAAAGAGUCGAAUGCUUAAAUUUCGUCUGAUGUCAACUAUGCGCAUUACACUAUA